CGUCAAGUAGAAGUGGUCUGCGCGUAACCCGUCCGCGCCUUGGUUCGCAGUGAAAACGAAGCGCAUGCGUCGGUCGGGAGACGCCAGGCCGCAGAUUCAUUUCGCGCCGCGACGCCAAGCGGCUCCGCAUCCGUGUAAACGCGGCUGGUCCAUGUGCGUUCGACGUCGGCGCGUGCACGCCGACCAGGACAAUCAGUGUGAGACGCGUGUCAAGUAUCGUGUACCUUCGCGCGUGUUCUUCAACGAUUCUCGAUCAUAAUCUUCGUCGACUGCAUCAUCGAGUGAUUAAUCGAGUGGAUACUUUGGUAGAGCAAAAAGGAAUUACCGUAAGAACGACGUUGUCCCAGGCUGGUCUUUCAGAUGAAUUGAGAGGUAAACGGGGACGAAUGACGCGACAGACGAGCAACGAUCGCGCCUUGUGGAUCGCGAUGAUCGUCAGCAGCAAGGAUCCACGUGUGAUCAAGCGUGGGUUUCAACGCGGUUGCACCAGUCGAGCAUUCGACGCGACACUAGUCCAACCUCGUUUCUGAGGAUCUUGUGGAGAAGUCCGCGAGAUUUUUCGCCUUGCCACUGUGGAUUCCUUUACGUGACUUGUUGUAUCGGCGAUCUGUCCGCGGCAUCUCACGUGUGAUUUAUCGUCCUUACACGAGUUCUCGUGGAUUCUCCCAUCUCGAUUCUUUGGUUCGUAGUUGAUUUCCAGGUGUUGGAUCCUGUACGGCAGAGGCAGUGCGUUAUCCGCGAGGGAAUUUAUCGUGCUACGGACGAUUAACUUGACGCGGUGGGAGUAUACGUCGCGAGUGGAUGCUUCUCGUUGAACGUCUGAUUCUCUGGUGAAACUCGGUUCUCGCAAUCGUCACGCGUGAACCUCUGCUUGAUCCACGAGAGUCUUUGUGUUAUAUAUGUCUGGUAAUAGUGACUGUAGAUGCUACAGUGAAGUUCGAAUCCUGUACUCGGAGACCGGAACGAGUUGCAUAACAGGGUCUCUGCCUGAGUGUAUAUAUAUAUAAAUAUAUAUAUAUAUAUAUAUAAGUAUAAAGGAGGAUAUCGUGCGAAGAGAAAGUGCACGAGAAAGGAAGCAAAAAAAAGGAAAGGGUGGAGAAGAAAGACGUAGCUGGAGUUUAGAGCCGAUUUAACCAGCUCUGUCGGCUAUCACGAUUUUUCUCUCCGGUGUGUGCACCAGGGGGACGGUUCUACUAACAAAACGAUCGACGGUGAGAACGAGUGAACGAGGUGUUAAAAAUGCUGUGUCGUUGGCUCGCCGUCCUGAUACUCGCUGCAUUUCUCCUGGUUAUCGAAGGGAUCGCGGUCACUCAAGGUAUUACAGGCACAUUUGCUCGGGAUCAAAAGCUGGUGGGAGGAAAUGUUUUCGGCAAUCACAACAUCACCAAUGCACCGACGUUCGAAAUGAACGUUCCACGAAACGUGACCACCGCGGUUGGCCAGACUGCUUUCCUUCACUGCAGAGUUCAUCAGCUAGGUGACAAAGAGGUGUCCUGGAUGCGUAAAAGGGACAUGCAUAUCCUGAGCGCCGGCAUCCUGAUGUACACCUCGGACCUGAGGUUUCAAGUGAUCCAUCCGGAGAAGUCUGAAAACUGGACGCUGCAAAUCAAGUCGCCUCAGGAACGAGACUCCGGGGUUUACGAGUGCCAGGUCAGCACCGAGCCAAAGAUGUCGUUGAACUACAGCCUCAACGUGGUCGAGGCACGAGCCAGAAUAAGUGGCCCGUCGGAUAUUUACGUGAAAACCGGCAGUCUUCUCACGCUCACUUGUCUAAUGUCUCAAGGACCUCACGAUUUAGGCACAGUGGCUUGGUACCGUGGUAGUCAGCCAGUAGUUACAUCUCCGCAUUCAGAAAACGACGUAAACGGCGAACCUCGUAUCGCUGUCGAAACAGAGUGGAGCGAUGCCCUCACGUCGAGAUUGAGGAUCACCCAUGCAAAACCAAGCGACUCUGGGAACUACAGUUGCGUGCCCACUGUGGCAGAGAGGGCCAGCGUCAACGUGCACGUUAUUAAUGGAGAGCAUCCAGCUGCAAUGCAGCACGGAAACACGGCAGCAGGCUGGCCAACAUCGAAGACGGUCCUCGUGAUGCUCGCCUUCCUUUUGGGUCAAUUGAGAUAAUGUGCGUUCUCGUACGUGCCCGUGCGUGUGUCUCCGAGCUGUCUGGCUGCGUGUAUACUUUCUGCGCGUACUUAUGUGUGUGUGGAUGUGUGAGAGCGCGUAUGACAGUGUGCGCGUGGCGACUUAAACGCGAACAUGAAUGAAUAUAAACGGGAGCAUUAAGUGAAACUCGAUGGAUUGUUGGACACAAUAAGACGUAGCCAACCCUUAGCCUGUUUGUACCUUGAUCGGAAUUAAAUUGCAUGCAACCGGAACGAUCAUCGAUGAAGAAGCUUUCUUACGGCCACGUGAUGGACGUUUUAAGAGUAAGGUUGACUGAUAAGAAAGUUUUACGUUAUUUCGGCCUUUUCAGCUUAGUUUUUCGAUAAUCGUCGAUGGUAUUUCCUACUUUUAACACGUUUAGAUAUACACACAUAUAACGAUGAAUUUUUGAAAUAUUUACUGAAUGUUUAGUAUUGUUUUAAGAAGUAAUAAAUUAUAAAAUACAAAUUAUAGACAACAUAUACAACAAGAUAAUUAACGCAUACAUACAUAAGAAACGAUGCUCAAAACUAUAAAAAUAGAAGCGUUACAAAUUAAUAAAUGUACUGAAUUAUUGUAAGUUAAAGAAAAUCGAUACAGAAAUUAUUGUUACGAGCAAAUUUUUUUAAUAAAUCAAUUUUGAUAUACAUUUUCUUUUAACUUGAAAUAAUCGAUUAAACUUCAUUGACCGUAACAACUCUCGCAAGAACAGUUAUGAACGAUUGAUUUUAAUUAUGUUUAUUUUUUGUCAUCGUGUUCGAAAUUCCUUUUCAAAACAUAACUUCAACCGUCAAAUUCUCGAAACUAUGCUCGCCAAAUUUAUCAGUCCAGAAACCAUUGCCCGAUGAAUUAAUGAAUUAAGUUUUACGAAAAGAAAGCUUCUUCGAGUGCAAUUUCUUUUUAUUGCUGCUCGUUAAAAAAUGUUCAGUUCUCAGUGAAGGAAGAAACAUAUAUCGAUGAAGGAACUCUGUCGCGGCCGGUUUCGCGUUGGAAAUCGCGACUUUCAAUGCAUCCAUAGGUGAAAACUGUCGAAAACGUCGUCGUAGUAUCCCAGGUUCGAUAUGUGUAAUAACUUGCAAAUUACUAGCGCGUUCUAGUGUCAUCGAAAUAAGGAAACCAAAGUAUCGAAGUAACAUUGUACAUGGUAUACAUUGUAAGCGACGAUUCAAUGAACAAGAAAGAAAGAAAUUGUAACAUGUAAGAGCGUGAACGUGUGCUCGAACAUGGUAAAUUCGAUGUGUAAGUUUGCGAAUUAGUAGGGACGAUUACGUAUAUUGUAAUUGUUACAAGACGAAAGCGAUCGUUCCAAUAACAAAAGAGUUCGUUCGUUCGUGGCAAAGAAAGUUUUAAUGGAUAUUUUCAUAGCUGUGCGAAUCUUCGGCGAGAUAUGAAUUUUCUCGAGAAAAAUCUCGUAUUUUUCAAAGAUUUGAUUACUUCGUUCGAAUUUCUUUUCCUUCCUUUCUGGAUUUUUCUGCGUAACAGUCCCUCAAAAAUUGCGCUAUGUGUUAAAUAUUUAAUUGUUUAUAUAUAUUCUAUGUUUGCUGCUAUUGUUUUUCUUUCUAUGGAAUUGAAACAUUUAAUACAAUAUGUUUUAUACAUUUUUAGCUAAAACUGGAAAACUAAGACGACAAAUACUGCGUAUUAGUUAAUAAAUUAAUAUAUUUCAACGUGGAAUAAGGUAAAAGGGAAAGAAUGUCAUGUGAACAGUGAACACGUGUGUUUCAUUCGCUUUUGUUCAGAUGUGGAGCUUUCAGCUUCCACAAAGAAGACGCCGGCAUUAUUUUGUAACACAGGCCAAUAUUGACAAGGGAUUCUCUCUCACGGAUGCCUCUAGUUUCAACGAAAAGAAAUUCUGAUAUUACAACGUUGCAGGAUAGCACACGUUUUCGGAAGGAAACUCGCGAAUCCCGGAGCAUAUCGAGUUUUACGCUUCGUUGUGUGUUUCUUGAAUGAGACGUGCAUUAUCCGGUUCCAAAUGCAUGAUGGAGAAAUGCGAAUUCUUGUCGAAAUCCGAGGGAAACUUGAAGGGAAUGCGAGACGAGUUUAGCAACUGCAACCUACAAUCAUGACGAUCCUGUUAUUCUUAUUUUACUUUGUCGAAAUAUUUUAUGAAUAGAGAGGGGGAAUUUGAGAGAGUACGAGACAAAAAUGAAGAUAGCACUUAAAGAAUUCGUGACAAAAACGACCUUUCAAAUUCGCCAACAUUUUAGAUAACAAUGUAUUUUAUACAUUUAUGAAAUUAAUCGACAUAUAAAAUAUAGCGUUUCUCACAUAAAAUUAUAACUGACAAGUAACUUCAAUAUUAUUCGAUACACUUUCGCCGCGACUAUUUAGUUUCAUUGCUUUCAAUUUUCGAGAAUUAUCAUUUUCAAAAUUCAGAGAUUUUCAAGACGCGAAUAUCGUAAUUACCCUCGUUGCUUAAUAGUACAGUUUCGAUGUUUUCAUUGUAAAUGUCAUUAAAGUCAUUAUGUAUAACAAAGUUCUUCUUCGCCAAUUAGUUGACAACUGAUAAUAUGACAAUGUUUACUGGUUGAUAUUAGCCCGCCAAACUCAAACAUUUGUAGAGAUCGAACUUUUCGUAUCUUAAUCGUAUCUGGAAAAAAUAUUUAACGUAUGAUGAUUAUUUUAAUUUUUCGUGAUAAAUGGAAGAAACGUAGAGAACACCGUGCGACAAGAAAGUUGAAGAAUGAAAGGAAGCUGUUUUACGGCGAACAUGCGUAUCAACAAUGUGGAUUGUGAAUUUUAUUGCGGAAGCCUUUGGAAACAUUCGACCGUGCUCCUGCAAGCAAAUCCGCGCGAACUGUCUUUGUGUUACAAAGAGUUUGUUUGAUUGUUCUGUGGUGAAAUAACUCGAUCUCGGUCUAAAAGCAGAAGAAAGGACGGUUCUUAAAGAGAAGAAAACAAUGAGGGUAUUAACGCCUGAAUUGAAGUCCACAGGAUUCUUUAAAGUUCAGCACGGUUUUCUUUUCCUGAUUUUCUCUUUUUCAAAUUUUUAUUCGGUGAAAGAUCUUUGAAAUAUUAAUACGGAUUUAUUCGUAUAAUUGGCAAUUACGUUGUACGCCGAAUUUAGUUUCAUAAUGCUAUUAUGUCAGAAUAAUUAGGUCGUUUCAUAAGCUUAUAAAAAGAUUGAUAAAAUAUCGUGGAAAAUAUCUCGGAGAAGUAUAAAAAUUCUUCGUUAUUCGAUAUACGAACGAACGAAUUCAUCCUAUCGAUUGUCAAAAUAGUCUUCCGAUCGUCAAUUACCAAAGACUAUUUGACAAUCGCAUCUAGAAACCAAAUGAUCGUGAAAAUCACUCAAACUCAACGCAUAUUUAAUCUAAAGACGUUUUAUAAUAAUUUAUCAAUCGUCAUCUGUGUUAUCUUAUCGUUAGAUCAGCUCGACGGCUUGUAUCUUAAGUAACCAACGCUAUUCGCUGUGUCUCACCAUCGAUAUUUUUACAAACUAUUUCAGAAGCUCAAACAACUAAUCACCAGAACCACAACAUUUAAUAUAAAACAGAAACAAGCAGGAUGCAAAUAAAAAUCACGUACCAGCGAUUUAUAAUUUUUAAAAUAAAACCCAUAUAUAAAAUGUCUAAGUUCCACAUACAAGCAAGCCACAAGUGCGUAAUCGCAUAGUACUUGUACGAUGAUAAAUAUUAAUAAAAUAGAUCGUUAGACGCGAUCUCCACUCGAUUAACGAAACAAUGUUUUUGUAACGUGUAAUUUUAUGGAAAAGAGAGAGAGAGAGAGAGAGAGAGGAAAAAACUGCGUAUGUUGCAUAACACGUAUGACACGCGCAUGAGUUUGUACAGGAGAACGAAGACACAGAAACGACGCGUGACGAUGGAAAAAUUACUCUGGAUUCGCGUGAUAAAUUAAAAUAGCGGAGAGACGAGACCUCUGGAGGCUUAAAGAGCCGUAAAAGAGGCCAAACGAAUCUUUCUCGUCCGCGUACCAAUUAUUCUUUUCUAUCGUCGAGUUGUUCAUUUCCCUGUUGAAUCCAGAAGGAUUUUCAUAUCUUCAGGCUGCGUCAUUCUCAAAUGGCUCUCGAUCUCGUUCGAUUCCACGUGAGUGCUUUCGUUCGAAUAAAUUGCGAAUCGAUCGAGAACGAGUACCUGGUCGAAUAAGAAAUUUUGUAUGUUCGUUUGACGAAAUAUAGCGUGUUUCAAUGAACGAGAAUCGUAACGAUUACGAUGGAUCUUGCUGUAUCUCGUUGCGUCAUUUCUUUUUCAUUUGCUAAAAUUAUAUUCUAAAUUAAUUAUUUUGUACUUAAUUUUGACUUUAUUUUAUUUACUCACCCUUUUAAUUUGCAUUUAUUUCAACGUUUCAACCAGUUUGAAAACCAUGUUGGUCCCAUUUUCGCUUUUUUUACAAAACUAUUCCAGGAUCAUAUACAUGCAAUUAGAAACAUGAGAUGUUACUUUUUACUGGCAAUAUAUCGCGUAAUUUUCAACGCAGUGCAAUCAAAAAGCAUGUCGCCUUUUGGGACAAUUCGCAUUUUCAUCCAUCCGAAUACAACAUUCGAUCCAUGCCUAAUCGUCUCGUUAAUUUUCGUCUCAUACUAAGUAUACAAAUAAAACAGAGAGCGAAUGUGAUAGGAUGAAAGGAAACAGAGAGAGUCUGUAAGAAGAAUGUUAAUUAGACGAGGAACGUAUUAAAAUUUCCGAACAAGAGAAGAAACUAAAAAGGCCAGACGUCGUCGUAGAAAAUACGAUGUCCACCGAAUUAUUCCCCUCCACUCCCAUCUACACCCCAUCCCUUGACGAAAUACUUUCUACUACAGAGUAAGCGUUAAUAUAAAUGGAAAUAGAAAGUGAAAAACAGAAGAAAUGGGUGAAACAAAGAGGAUUCACUUCCCUGGACUGCCACUUCCGAACAAGUUCUCGGUGAAGCGAGACAGAGUAAAAUUUGUCGUCGUCGCGAAUUUUAUACUGUGUGCAAAUAUUCGUCUGUUCCUCGUCACGAUUUUAACGAUUCACCGAUUUUUUAAUAGUUGUUCAAUGCGUGGACACCCUGAGCAACGUGGAGAUCGUUACGUUAUCGUUAUGUUCGUUUGUAGUUUAUAUUCCGAGCCAUUGUGCUUUUACAAUUUCUUUUCAAUGGAUGUUGUUUAUUGGUUCCGUCGAAUUUUUUGAAUUUGGUAGUUGCAUGGAAUAUUAUCGGCCGAGUUUCCUAACGAGUUUAUUUUGCAUGUUUUGCUAAAGCGUAGAAUGGCAAAGUACAAUGUUUAACAGACAUGGGCAUUGUUUCGAUAAAAUGUUUGGAAAAUUAUCGUAUUCUAUAAUAUGUCCAAAGUUAAUCCACAAAUGGCCUGUAAAUUCAAAAGAACAUCUUAAUGAGAAAAGACUGAGAAAAUAUAUAGAAUAACAGAAAAUUUCGUUAAAAGCUUAAUAUUAUCUGUGUUCAGUAGAUUACAAGUAGUUGUUAUUCCUGGAAAAAGCAAACCAAAUAUUAAUUAUAACACAGACAUCAAUUAAUACCGCUAUACGAGUAAUUCCAUCUCGAUAAAGUGUUACUAUUAUGCGGCUCUCGUCCUAAAUAAUUCAAUUAACAUUUGUCUGUGUACAUUACUGCGAGUGUCUACUAUUACUAGCAUUACCAUGUGUAACGGACAGUUACAUAUAUUUCAAUACAUUUAAUAAUAUAUAAAAAAUAUUUCUCCGUUUAUUUCUGUUAUAUACCAAUCGUACGAAUACUUUUAUAUAUUUAUUGAUUUCUUUACUUAUUUACUUACGAGGUUAUUUUAACCUAGCCCAAUUAACAAUAAAGUCGUACGAAUACCUUUGUCUCUUGUCGUACGCUUUAAAAGAUUUGUUUCCAACAUGAAAAAGGAGUUCACAUCUUUUUUCUCUGUCGAAGUUUCCCCAAACGGAACGACACGUAAUUAAUCACUUUUUUGUAUUAAGCACGGCCCUCGUUGCUAGAGUUCAGGGUCGUAAUGCUCUAACGACGACCUCGAAGCGUGGUCGAAUAUUCGUCGAAGGGAAAAAUGAUGGCAGUUCAGGGCUACGAGAACGAUCAGAGGAAAGAACGAAAUAAGACGUAAGAAAAAAUCUCUGUGUAUGUGUAUACCAUAUGAACUUGUAUAAUUUCUUACGUGAAGCUAAACGCUGGUAAAAAAAAAGAAAAAGAAAAAGACAGAAAUAACGAAUAAAACUGUGUUCCCUUUCCACGACCUCUCAGCAUGUAUUGUUUUCACACGAUUCUCGACGCAUUCUUGUACAUAAUGUUUUACUCUUGUAAAUAAAUUAUCCAUAUGAUCCGGACGAGUCGGUUGAUUUCAUCCUGUCGAUAAUAAUUACGGUAGAACCUGAAGCAUCCGAAUCGAUACGAAGGCACGACGUGGGAAUUUUUGGACAGUUUUUUUUUUGGACGCAUCUUUUCUUAUAAUUUCAAAACAUUUUUCGUAUAAUAGAGAUAUAGAUCGUGGCAGA